AUGAAAAGAGCCCUGCUUCUACUAAGCUGCAUCGUCCUCGCCAUUGGCAACUGCGGUGGACCUCAAAUAAUGAGACUCUACUUCGUUCAUGGCGGCAAACGAGUCUGGUUAUCUAGUUGGGUCCAAACUGCCGGUUGGCCCAUCAUGCUCAUCCCUCUUGCUGUCGCUUACCUUCGCCGGCGCCGGACGACCCAACCCACCUCAGAACCCAUUAAUCCCACCUUCUUCGUGAAACCUCAUACGUUCUUCCUGGCGGCAAGUUUGGGACUCAUCGUCGGCCUCGACAACUACAUUUACGCCUAUGGCGUCGCCUGGCUUCCUGUGUCGACUUCGUCACUGAUACUUUCUACCCAGCUAGCGUUCAUUGCUGUUUUUGCUUUUCUUUUGGUAAAGCAGAAGUUUACUCCUUACUCCAUUAACGCUGUGGUGGUGUUAACCAUUGGAGCUUCCAUUUUAGCUUUGCACACGAAUGGUGACCGGCCGGAAAAUGUGUCCUAUAGACAAUAUAUAGUGGGAUUUAUGAUGACGGUUGGAGCUGCAGUUUUGUAUGGGUUUGUGUUGCCGUCGUCGGAGCUCAUUUUCAUGAAGUCCAGCCAGAAAGUUACCUACGCACUCACGAUUCAGAUGCAGAUUGUCAUGUGUAUGUUCGCUACCGCAUUUUGUUCCAUCGGAAUGCUGGUUGACAAUGACUUUAAGGCAAUUUCAAGAGAGGCAAAACAUUACGAGCUGGGAGAAGAAAAGUACUACGUAGUUAUAAUCUCCAGCAUGAUGAUAUGGCAGUGCUACUUCACAGGUGCAAUAGGAGUCGUCUUCACCGCCUCAUCUCUGCUGUCCGGUAUCAUAGUCAACGUUCUUUUACCUGUGACAGAGGUCCUCUCUGUAAUUUUCUUCCGUGAAAAAUUCCAAUCAGAGAAAGUGGUCGCUCUCGUUCUCUCUCUCUGGGGCUUCAUAUCUUACUUUUAUGGCGAAAUCAAACACGGGAAGAACCGCAAACUACAGACUCAAAAAACAGAGCAAGCCGUACCUGCUGGAACACUUUCUAAUAAUCCAUGA